AUGCGCUUCUCACUCGCCACCAUCGGCUUCCUUGCAGUAGGCGUAGUCAAUGCAGCACAGAAUCUAUCCACGGCAGGUGUAGAAGCUCUUGUACAACGAAGAUUACCGAACAAUGUCAACGACUUCGUCUUCACCUUGAACAGUCCACCCUCAGGCUACGCCGCCACCGGCAACACGACGGACAAAGCAAACGACGAGUACUCUGUCUCCAACGGCCACAACGGCACCAUCAAUAUCGCAGGUAACUCUCCCAUCGCCCUAGCAAGUGGUCUUCGCUGGUACAUGACCAACUACAUCCGCGUCGACAUCUACUGGUUCAUCGGCUCACGCCUCCAUCUCGCUCCUCAGAUCCUGCCGAAGGUCAAUGCAACAUAUCAAGGCUCUUCUAUCGUACCAUGGCGAUACCACUUCAAUACCGUGACUUUCAGCUAUACCGCUGCUUUCUGGUCCUGGGAAGACUGGGAACUGGAGUUGGAUUGGUUGGCGCUGAGGGGCGUGAAUUUGCCUUUGGCUUGGGUAGGGUAUGAGAAGGUUUUGAUCGAGGUUUUGCUUGAGGCAGGCUUUACGCAGAGUGAUGUGGCGACUUGUUUGUCUGGACCUGCUUUCCAGUCUUGGAACCGCUUCGGCAACAUCCAAGGCUCAUGGGGUGGUGAUCUUCCAAUGCAGUGGGUCGACUCUCAAUACGCCUUACAGAAACAGAUCGUAAGUCGUAUGGUCGAGCUGGGCAUGACGCCAGUCCUGCCAGCUUUCACAGGGUUCGUGCCCUACCAGGUCGGCAAGCAUUAUCCCAAUGCAUCAUUCGUCAACGGUAGCCAGUGGAACGCUUUCCCAGCUCAGUAUACCAACGUCACGUUCUUGGAACCAUUCGAUCCAUUGUUCACGACACUGCAGAAGAGUUUCAUCAGCAAACAGGCAGCGGCCUACGGCAAUGUGUCAAGCAUUUACACUCUCGACCAAUACAACGAGAACAACCCAUACUCGGGCGACCUGACUUAUCUCCAAAACGUAACAAGCAAUACGAUCGCGAGCUUGAAAAUCGCAGAUCCAAAUGCAGUAUGGAUGCUCCAGGGAUGGCUGUUUUAUAGCUCCGCUACAUUCUGGACCAAUGACCGUAUCAAGGCAUACCUGGGUGGUGUGAAGAAUAGCGAUAUGAUUGUCCUCGAUCUCUUUUCCGAAUCCCAGCCGCAGUGGCAGCGCACGAACUCUUAUUAUGGCAAGCCGUGGAUCUGGUGCGAGUUGCACGAUUAUGGUGGGAACAUGGGCUUGUAUGGGCAGGUGGAGAAUGUGACCGUCAACCCGAUCCAAGCUCUCGCGAACACCAGCUCGACUAUGAUUGGUAUGGGAGGCCAGGAGGGUAAUGAGAUUAUGUACGACAUCCUUCUCGAUCAAGCAUGGUCAAAGCACCCACUCAAUUCCGACACAUACUUCCACGAUUGGGUCACUUCUCGGUACCACGGCGCUGCUUCUCUUCCGGUCGGUCUGUAUAAAGCAUGGGAGACGAUGCGCUCGACGGUCUAUAACAACACCCAGAUCGACAUUGCCAAUGCUGUGACCAAGAGCAUUUUUGAGCUUGCGCCUAAUACGACAGGUUUGCUGAACCGUACAGGCCAUCACCCAACAACUAUCCAGUACAAUACUACUGUGCUUAUUGCAGCAUGGAAAGACUUUUACGGUGCAGCUUUGCAGGAGCCGAGUCUGUGGGACAACACGGCCUACACGUUCGACUUGACAGACAUCACUCGCCAGGUAUUAGCUAACGCCUUCUAUCCUGUGUACAUCAGCUUCGUCGCAGCAGCGAACAACACGAACAAUGCAACCUACUCAAGGACCACCGCAAUCAAUGUGGGGGCACAGAUGAUCUCGCUACUGUCAGACAUCGAUAGUGUCCUCGCAGCUAGCGGUCACCCAUCGUUCACCUUGGCCAACUGGAUCGCCUCAGCUCGCGCCUGGGCAUCGUCGACGUCUAAUCUACCAGAUACAACGACCACCAGUUCGACCAUCUCGCAAACAGCAGCCUUCUACGAGUAUAAUGCCCGCAACCAAAUCACACUCUGGGGUCCCACGGGCCAAAUUAGCGACUACGCAUCAAAGCAAUGGGCAGGACUAAUAAGUUCGUAUUAUGUCCCGAGAUGGGAGAUGUUUGUCGACUAUACAUUGAACAGUUCUACGGCGGCCAACGGAGCGAAUGCGGCGCUCGCUAAGAGCUUGUUGGCUUUCGAAGAAAACUGGCAGACGCAAGUCUGGGGUGAGAGUGAAGAGGAGAGCUACGUGGUUCCAGAGGCGGCAAGAUUGACUAGUGAGAUCGCAAGAGUUGUAGGUUGUUGGCCCAAUGUUUUUGGACGGUAA